UCAUUUUUAUUAUUAGAUUUGAACAAUAUAGUACUUUGGUAUUUUAAAUGAAUGUAAUUUUAAUAUUUUGGUGAUGAUAUUUGAAAUAUAAAGUGGUAUAGAACUCAUGUAAUUUCUCAAUUUUAUUUUAUUGAUCAUAUUGCUCCUUAAUCAUUUAUUUUUAAAAAUUAUAAUAUUUGUGAGCGGCUGGCGACUCUGUUUCGGCACCUUGGCACCUUUUAGCGCUUAGCUCCCAGUCCUACCAAGUUCAUUUAGCCAACAUUGCUACUUGAUUAGUAUCUAAUUGCCCAUAACGUUAUGUAACUGAUACAAAUUAGUUGUUCGACAUUGGAGUAUAACCUAUUUAAAAUUGCUUCAGUUGAUGAUAAUUUAAUGAUCAUUGGAGCUUGGUUUCAUGGCACACCAGAUGGCUGUAGAAUUCAUGUCAGUCCAAGCUUUAGGUUGAUGAGAUAAAUAAUAGUGUCUUUGUGCACCACAGUAUGCUUUUGUUGCUAGAUACUGAGACUCCUAUCUUCCAACCAAUUGAAAGAGAAGAUGAUCAAUUUAUGUAUCAUGUUGCCAGAACCCCACAAUUUAAGACUCCAUUUACACUAGAACUCAAUAUGGUUCAAACACCUCAUUUCAUAUAGCAUCGGAGGCCCCAAAAUAUCAAAUUCAGAACAGCAUCGACAAAGAAAAAUAAAUUAAUAGAAAUUUUAUAACUUUAAUUUUUUCCUCCACAUCCUGUGAAUCCAUCCUUGGGGGAGAUAUGCACCCAUGUAUGCACUCGUACACUGGCAGCACAAUGUCAAUGUCUUAACACAUCAAAUCCUAGUGCAAAACGUUAAUCUUCUAAAAAUAUACCAAACCGGCAACUACUGCAAGGUGAUGCAGCAUUACAAUUCUUUUUCGCUGGCUUUUUGUUUCUCUUGGACUUUGUGCAGUGCAUAUUUUACUUGUCAUUUAAAUAAUUGGGUUCGCUAUUGAUUGAAGAGAUCCAAAAAUAUAAAGAUAGAUGCCAAUUAGAAGCUUGUAUCGUUACUUUGUUAGUAUUAUCUACUUUAGAGAUUGAUAUUUUAAUUUUGUAAUAUAUUCUUUGUAUUGUAGAUCAAGCCAAUAGACUGGAUACCCAUAUGGUUCUACUUGCAUAUGUGAUACCUACCUAUGCCGAGAAGCUUAUGUUUUUCGAUGAACAUAAUAUUUUUUUCUGGCCUUCAAAUGUACCCGGUGGUGAAUAGAAUAAAACAUCUUAAAUAAGGUGUUGAUUAAAUGAUCAUGAGGCCUAAGUUUGCUAGAUUUUCACUAUAAAAUUAAAAUUGAAGGGCAAUAGUCCUCCCUGCAAAGCCAAUAAACUUUUGCAUAUAGGUCUCUGUUGAAGUUUAAAGCCUUGUAAUUGUUGUAAGCUAUCUAUAUGGCUUUCCUAGGCAUCGGCUGCUUCUGGGGAGACCCAAGUUUGAUCCUCUCUGUCACAAAGAAUAGUCUGCAGUGUGCUAAGGGAUUUCAUUUUUGGAACAAACACUAGCAGUAUUUUGCUGAUGCCACAAAUCAGUGCAGGUUGAGAAAUUGGCUAACCGAAGCAAACAAGCUCCUGUAUACUUCAUGUUGCAAAGUAUAAUUCAGCAUCGAUGCUUAGAAAACAUGGUGUUGGUUCUGCCCAUUUUUGGCACUACACUGAAAAAAAUGUAUGCAAGAGUCUGAGGACCUGAGAUCAGCAUAGGUCUUUCAAUCCUUGCAGAUCUGAGAAUAAUAUAUGGUCGAUAUUGUUGAUCAUUAUAUUUGUUUUCUAUUUCAACUAAAGAUACACCAUAUGAGACUACAGAGGAGCCUCGAGGCCUGUAAGUUUGGAAUUAUUAAUUAUUUCGAUGCACUUAAGCUCCAAGAAAGGCUUGCUUCUGAUAGAAAAUCCGGUAAAAUUCUGGAUACUAUCCUAUCCCUUCAGCAUCCACCAACAUAUACACUUGGAAAAAGGCGAACAGAUCAUAACUUAUUGGUGUCUGGGGCUGAUCUUAAAACCAUGGGUGCUGAGCUUCACUACACAGAAAGAGGUGGUGACAUCACAUUUCACGGACCAAGGCAAGCUAUUCUUUAUCCCAUUGUUUCUCUGAGAGAUGUUGGAUGUGGUGCAAGGAAUUAUGUUGAAGGGCUGGAGUCAGUGAUGAUAGAAGUAGCUUCCUUCUAUGGUGUCAACGCCCAUGCGGGGAAAACAGGUGAGACAGGGGUGUGGGUUGGUGACCGAAAAAUUGGUGCAAUUGGUGUUCGAAUAAGUUCAGGCAUCACUUCACAUGGAUUGGCCUUCAAUAUUGAUCCUGAUCUGAGCUACUUCAAGCAUAUUGUGCCUUGUGGAAUUCCGGACAAAGGUGUUACAUCCUUAAAAAGAGAGACAGAGAUGGAAUUACCACCUGAUGAAGUGAUCCAUGAGCAGCUGGUUCACUGCUUUGCGAAGGUAUUUAGAUUCAGUGACAUCCAAUGGAAAACACAAUGAUGAGCUCAAGUGGCGGUUACAUAAUUCAUGGCAAUGAUAACUUGAAUGGUGCAUAAAUUCAUCUACUUCUAACCUGUUCAUUGAAGUUUUUUUUAUGUGAGCCUUCUCAAUAAUGGAAGUGGGUUUUAUUGUGUCGGGUGGAUCAAUGAAAAUUAGGUUGCUGAAAUGUUCCAUUUCCCAUCCUUCGUGAUCUGUGUGAAGAACAAGAAAUUUUCAUUUGCCUUGGAAACAGAUAUUUGGAUGGAGUCUUCAGACUACACAGAUUUUACUGAAGGAUGAUUACUUACAAUCGAGCACUCCUGUAUGUGAAAGACUGCACACCUCAAAUCAUAGCACUAAAAGAGUUGCAGCUUUCUAACAUGUACAAUCUCACUAAAUUUAAGGUAUCAAGAUUAAAUCGAAUUGAGUCUAAGCAUACCAGGAUAUUAGUAGGAUGGGAAUAUUUAAUAGUGUAAUAAAUAUAUAUACAUAAUACAAUAUAAUAUAUAACAAAAGAGACAAGUUCUCUUUCUUGA